CUUUUGUGCCUGGUUAGAGUUCCUGGAACUAAGACAAGCUACCUCUCAUUGACAAGGGCCAGCGUACCCUCCCCAGCCAGCAAUAAUGGCGUGAUGGUGUUAUGGCCUUCAUGCAAAGCAACACACUCACACAUAUAAUACAAAGCAGAGGGACCCUCCUUUUCCCUUUGUUUCUUAUUACAAAUGGAAAAAGAAUAGGGUUUGCAUUAGGUGGCCAAACCUCGAAACCAUUUACAGACAGAGACAACCUCAAACUAUCACUGUGCCCGCCACAAUUCGAAAAUCUUCUGAUCCUUAAACCCUCACAAAAUGGCAUAGGAAUAGGCAGAUCAAAGCAUGUUUUCUUGAAUUUUAUUCAAAGAAGAGGCAUAAGUUGCACUGUUUGUCACACCCUUCAUAAAUAUCAGCUUGCUUUCAUUUUAAUGGAGAGACAGUUUUGCAGUUGAAGAAGAGAGGGAGACCCAGUUUAGUUUUAAGGUUCCUCUAAACUCUUGCUUGCUUGAUAAACAAAGAGGGGGAACCAAAACCAGAGAGGGAAGUUAGGCCAACGGUUAGCUUUCUCUGAUUCGCUUUAAAUCAAAGAAAAGUUUUUUUUCUUUUCCCUUUGGGUAUUCUACGGUUUGAUUCUUGGUCACCAUCUGAGACUCACCCAACUUCACCUUCCUGUCAUCUUCUUCGCACCCAACAUCACCCCUCUUCUGCUCCUGUAUUCUGUUGCAGUUGCUGUCUAUAUACUCUUCUCAUCUCGCACAGUUCAUGUUCAUUUUUCCUCACACCCACAUAUAGUUAUCAUCUUUCAUUGAAGGAUUGUGUUCUAAAGGGAUAAGUUUUGGUGUUCCUAGUUGGCUUUUGGCGGACAGGAACUUGGAGCUGCUUGAAUAUCAUGGCGGUCCUAUAAACAUGGUGGAGAUAGGCCUGUUCUUCUUGAAGUCUGUAUUCGUAAGUAAUUCUGUUUAUGAAAAAAGAAAAAGGAAUCUUAUAGCUGUAUGUGAGCAGAGGAGUAUUGGCCUAUCCUCGGUUUUCUGAAGCUUGUUUGUUUCCUCAAUUCACUCAAGUCACGCCCGAUGAAUACUCGAUACUUUUUCCCACCGGAUUCAUUAUGCAGUUCUAGUGCCGGAGUUACGUUCUCUUCAAGUUCAUCGGCCACAAAUGAUCGGACAGUGGUAGGGUCCCGGAACCGGGCUCCCCGCACUCCGCCUUCUUCAUUUUUGGUGAGGAUGGCUAUGAGAAUAUCUCGAGCAAGAUGGUUCACUUUCUUGAGGAGAGUUUUCCACUAUCAGAAUGGCUCGAGGUCAGAUCUCGGGUCGAACCCAUUCAAUUCGAGCACCUGGAUGGUGCUCGAGCUCAUGGCCUUGAUGGUCCAGAUAAGCAUAACUUCUUUCACCCUAGCCAUCUCGAAGAGCGAGAAGCCAGUCUGGCCUAUGAGGAUAUGGAUCAUGGGUUACGACAUAGGGUGCAUGCUCAGCGUGCUGCUGCUCUAUGGUCGCUACAGGUAUCUUUAUUUGGCUCAGGGAGAUGGCUUCGGCAUCUCGGAUUUGGAGCAACAAAGAGGCAGUGAAGACUCCAGGAGCUUGCAUCUGAUGAACAGAUGUCGGACUUCGUUAGAGCUGUUCUUUGCGAUAUGGUUUGUGAUGGGUAAUGUUUGGGUGUUCGAUUCUCGGUUUGGAUCAUUCCAACGCGCACCAAAGCUUCAUGUGCUCUGUAUCUCUCUGCUCGCUUGGAAUGCCAUCAGCUACUCUUUCCCAUUCCUGCUAUUUCUCCUGCUAUGCUGCUUUGUGCCGCUCAUGAGCACCUUCCUCGGAUACAACAUGAACAUGGGUUCGGUUGAGAGAGGAGCAUCUGACGAUCAGAUUUCUAGGCUACCUAGCUGGAAAUAUAAGCAAGUCGACAACAAUUUAGAGCUCGGUGAUGACUCAAACCACAAUUCGGUCCUGGCAAAUGAAGACAAAGAAUGCUGUAUAUGUCUGUCCAAGUACAAGGAGAAAGAAGAUGUUCGGCAGCUGCCAUGUUCACAUAUGUUCCACCAGAAGUGCGUCGAUCAAUGGCUGAGGAUUACAUCUUGCUGUCCUCUGUGUAAAAAAGAACUCGAGAGAUAGGAACACGAUCCUCGAGAGCUGGAAUUCCUACUCCAACGUACCCGGUUUCUGUUUCUUCGGUCCGGCGUGAUUCAUAAUUAUGGAGGAGGUGGCUACUUGAGUGAGCUAGUUUGCUUGUAUAUUUCAAGCUCGCCAGUGACCACAAGCAUACUCAAAUUCGCAUUCUUUUCUCUGUUUUACUUAAAAUAGUAGAGGGUGAUGCUUUGGGGUCUUUGCCUACAAUUAGGACUUGGCAAGUCCUAUUAGACCCCUGCGAAUGAAUAUAUUGACAUGAUGUAUAUGUUUUUGGUACAACAAUAAACAAGUUUCUAAAGAAAAAAAUAUGAAACUAUGCUGAUA